UGUGUGUGUUUUUUUUUUCUUCUUCUUCUUCUUUUUUCUUUUUUUUUUUCUCUCCUCUUUACACCGAGCUAGCUUCGUCCUUCGCCAGUCGCAGCUCUUCUGGUGGGUCGCUGAAGAUAUUUGCUGGAACCGCGGCGGAAUAUGGCUCAGCAUGGACAUCAUGUAGCCAGUUCCCAGAAAGCACUCAUGCUGGAGAUGAAAAGUCUCCAGGACGAGCCGGUGGAAGGCUUCAAGAUAACUUUGGUGGACGAGUCGGACAUGUACAACUGGGAAGUGGCGAUAUUCGGACCCCCGAACACACACUACGAGGGUGGUUAUUUUAAGGCUCGGAUCAAGUUUCCCGUCGACUACCCGUACUCUCCACCUGCUUUCCGCUUCCUCACCAAAAUGUGGCACCCCAACAUCUACGAGAACGGGGACGUAUGUAUUUCUAUCCUGCACCCACCGGUGGACGACCCACAGAGCGGCGAGCUGCCUUCAGAGAGGUGGAACCCCACGCAGAACGUCAGGACCAUCCUGCUCAGCGUGAUCUCUCUGCUCAACGAGCCCAACACGUUCUCGCCGGCCAACGUGGACGCAUCCGUCAUGUACCGCAAAUGGAGGGACAGCAAGGGCAAGGACAGAGAGUACAUCGAAAUUAUCAGGAAGCAGGUUCUGGCUACCAAAGCUGACGCAGAGCGGGACGGCGUCAAGGUUCCCAUCACGCUGGACGAGUACUGCGUCCGCACCCAGGUCCCGCCCACAGACGACGGCUCCAACCUCUUAUACGACGACUACUACGACGACGAGGAGCUGGAGGACGACGACGAGGACGACAACGAAGACUGUUGCUAUGACGAGGAUGACUCAGGCACCGAGGACUCCUGACCUCGCCUCGCUGCGACGUCACCCAUCACCUCCCACCACCCCGACCAGUUCUCGUUCCCACUCCUCCCCCUCACACACACACACACACACACACACACACGACUCCCUCUUCUGUCACGGACUGAACUUUAAUCCUCCAUCCUCACUUCGCACGGGCCUCCCUGACCACCUCCUCUCAAAUGUGCAGUCACAGUAUGCACACUAAAACCUGAUGCAUUGAUGAAAAGAAACCUACAGAGUUGCUUUUUGUUUGUUUUCUCUUUUUUUUUUUUUCCAUUUGUUGUCUGAGUAGAGGUUACACACAUGAUGCACACACGGCAGGAUAACGUGAGGUCAUGGUUUGACUUCCUCGUCUGAACUGAUUACAGACAACGAGUCUCCUAGACAGACCCGUUUCUACCCACCAAGGCAGUUCAGCAGGCAGGAAGGUACCAUCACAGCUCAGAUCAAGUGGAGAGCGUUUGCAGAGGAAGCUAAUUUAGGAGAAUUGGCAUAGUGUGUGCGUUUGAAAAAGCUGAGUCAUUUCCACCUCUGAGCCGUGUGUGUGACCUCCAGUUAGCAGGCUGUUGGAAGCCCUGCCGUGCUUCACCUCUGACCUUUUAAGCCCCACGGCUUGCGCUGCUCCAAACAGGAAAGUUAUCCUCUUCGAAAAAAAGCCGUUCACACUCCCUUGUGCCUUCCCUCACUCCCCCGACAUCCCCGAUCGGAACGACUAGCGGGACCGAGCGGUCAAAGCAAACCCGAACCAGCCAGACAAAGAAAAAGGUGGCAGAGGGAGAUAUUCAGGCUUCAAAGUGUUCCCACCUCCAACUCUCAGGUGGGCAAACUGUGCGAACAGCGCCCUCCUGAUGGAGCGAGCGCCAGCUUAUUUAUAGCAGCACCUGUCAGAUUUGUCUGGGGUGUGAGUGAGAAAGGUGAGAUCCAAAAGCUGAACUAAAGAAUGGAAUGUAGAUCAGAACCCACAAACGUCCUCCACCGACUGCCACGCAGCCUUCAAGCCUUCAUCGUACAAGCACGUGCUACUCGUGGCCUGGACGCGUUGAGAAACAGCUAGCUGAGCCCGCGGCUGCUCGUCACAUCCAGUGUACUGUAUUUAAACAAACAAGAAAAACCCUAUGCAGUCAGUGCUUGAACUUCCUUAAUAUGCAGUGCUUUAAACGUGGCAGUAAAGCUGAGCCUUGCAACGGUCUGACCCGAACUCCAGCUUGAGUUUCACGAGCCGGUUCUGUGUCUGAGGGCUUCGGAGCGGCUGUGUCCUCGGUUAGAGACGGACGCGUGUAGUUUUGUCCGUCUUUGUGUUUGUCGGUGGCGGCGGCGGUUUCUGAUUGUAACUCAGAGUAGCACAAGUCUCCAGAGCAGAGGAGUUACACUAACCUUCACAGAGCUCGCCCCCUGCUGGCCGCUCUGUGUACAGUCUCUCUUUUUGUUUUUAGUUUUCCUCUCUGGGCUGCAGCCAUCUUGACCCACCUGAAUCAAUGAACCCUGUUACCUCAGAGGAGAUCAGGUAGCAGCGUGAGUGAUUCAGAAGAAUGAAAAUGGCCUGAUGAAUAUGUAGACUGACGGGCUCUUGUUUUCAGUCGGAGGCCGUCUCCUAACUGCCAGGAGCGCUCUGCUGCUCGCUCAGAAGACACCAUCCAACAGUAUUCUCCGAUGAAAUCCUCGCUGUAAUCAUGUUUCCGUUGUGUGUGAAUAUUCGCCGAUCGUUUUUAAGAUGUGCUGACAGAAGUGUGACGGAAGAAGCGCAAAAAAAAAAAUUAAAACUAAAGGGGACGGUACCGGGAUUGGGUUUAUCUUUGAGCAUGAACAGGAGAAUGUGGUUCUUCACUAGCAUGCUGUUAUGAUGUGUUUGUGGUUUUAGAUCUGCUAUAAGGGUCGGGAUUAUGUCCAAGGAAAAAGCUCCUCUAACUCGAUUUUGUCUAAAGCUGUUGCAUUGUGACCGGGCUGAGGGUUUGUUCUGUUUCUGGGGCGGGGACGGGCUUCUUUUCUGUUUUGAUGUAACAUUUUUGUUUCCAAAUUGUGGUGUGAGCUGCAAUGUUUUCUAUCUUCUGUGUAUUACGAAUAUUACCAAUAAUGAAUUGAUUGUUUUAAAAAGACCCAGGGUUGUUCACGGCAAGAACGGAUCAAUGCUCCGACGGAUUACCAAACAGAAAAGUCGUGCAGAACCAAAUCGACGCAGCACCGAGUCCUGAUCGCUCCACGAUACGUUACCGAUGAUCGGCUCAUGCCCAUCUCAGAUCCUCCCCUCCUCUGUUCUGAUGUUUGGAAGAAUGGGAUUUUUUAUUUUUAUUAUUUUUUUGGGUCAAACUGCUGUUCUGUCGUCUCUUCUUCUCCCCACUCGUCCCCUCCGCGGUUCUCUGAGCUCUGAUUGGUGGCAGCGUCACUGAGGGG